UUGAUACAUGGAAAUCUUACACCUGCAGAGCGGGACUCGGCCUUUAAUGAUUUUCUGCAUGCAAAGACCAAGACUCUUGUGUCCACCAAUGUUUUUGCUCGUGGAAUGGACAUUCCUCAAGUUAAUUUAAUUGUUAACUUUGACAUUCCAAAUUUUUCAUCAGCAGAGGACCAGCAGACAUACAUCCACAGAAUUGGUAGAUCGGGAAGGUUCAAUAGAUCUGGGUUUGUUAUUGAUUUUGUUUCUGAUGAGGAGGAUUUGAAGGUUUUGGGCAACAUCCAGUCUGGAAUGGGCUCAAUAUCUAAGAAAUUUACCCUUGAAUCUCUUCAUCAGGCAUUUAUUGAGGAUGAAGUAACAACACUCUUGUAA